CUAUCUCUGCGCCCAUGUCAAACCCAUAAACCGAAAUCAAUAAAACCGUCUAAAAUAUGGAAGAAAUAGAUGACUGAAACAACAAGCUUAAUUACUCUCUCUCUCUCUCUCUCUCUCUCUUGAAUCCUGAUGGCGGCCAUGGCAAUGGCAGAAUUGAAAGCCUUGUGUGCAAUCCAUCCCAAGACCUUCACAGACUCGGACGUGGCUGCAGCACAACAACUCGUCCAGCUAAGCGGUGAAGACAACAGCAGUAGCAGCAACAAGAAGGGGAGGAAGAACGAGAAUGAGAGUGGUUUUGAAGAUGAUCAGGAGUCCGAUCGAAGCAGCCAAAACGAGAUCACUUCGAGGAUGAUUGAAGAGAUUUUCGGGAUAGAAGAGGAGGUUGCUCGACCAAGAAAGAAAAGAUACAGGUCUCUUGUGUCUAUUUACCAGGCGAUGGAUAUGCCACUCAGGAAUAAUGUUAGGUAUGGGAAGAAGGUGAGCACUGAAGAAAACCCCAAGAGAGUUUCAGCCAGCGCAGAAGAGGGUAAUCAAAGUAGUAAAACAUAGGCAAUUAAGUGAUUAUUUUAGGGAAAACUGGAGAUUAAUUUUGCACUCUACGGAUAACAAUUAAGUUAAAUGUUUACUCUUGAUGAUUAUGUGCUGCAUUGGUGUGGACAGGAUGAUCACGAAAAUUCAAUUUUUGCUGGGGGGAUUUUUAUUUUAUUUGUUUUCUCCUUGUUUCGUUUUAGUAUCGUUGUGCCUGCUUGUUGCGUAAGCCCUAUCCCUAACUCAGAACGUUGAACGUAUGGUGCACAAGCUUCUACUCGUUUCAUACAGUACUAUGCUUGAAAAUCCCAGCAACAAUAUGAAAUAUUCUAAACUUCAGGGAAUUAAUUUUCUCAUUGGAAUCGAUUUGAAGUGAAAAUUCCGACUUGAAAAUCAAUUGAGAAAAGAAAUUGAUCAUGGACUAGAACCUUGUGAUUCAAAGGAACACAUAAUCAAGCAGGUUAUCAUGGAAUCACAAAAAACUAUAGGCACAUUGCGAUAUUAUAUAUUGCUGUGAAGAUUAACAAGGAUGAAAGAAACUCAACGUUCAAGGCUAUGCAAUCUUCUUGUAGGACUUCAGAACUCACUCCUCAACUCUAGUUUUGAUGAGUUUUUGAUUCAUUGCUAGAGCAGCACUCUUUCGCUCCAGGCAUGUUGCCAGUGUUGCAGGAAGAUGGGUCAGAGCUUCUUAAAGGUCAAAGCCUUGUGUGGAAUGGUGGAGGGAUGAUCGCUAAAGUUUCAGGAAUAUUUUGACGUGUUCAUGUAGGUGUUCUAGUGGCUUGUAGUUAUUGGAUUCAAGGGGACAGUGUUUGUAUUUGUCUUGUAUUUUUGUUGACGUGUCUCUGAAGAGUUGAGAAAAAGAAGUCCUUCUUUCAAA